AUGUCAAGAGUCAAACGGCAAAAGAUCGAUGAGGACAAUUCGAAAGUAACUACAAAAUUUGAACAAUUACCAAAUGAAUUGAUAGUAUUGUGUUUGAAUUAUUUGACUUUCUUUGAUUUAUAUGAAUCAUUCUUUGGUCUGAAUCAACGUUUGAACCAAUUACUUUUAUCCAAAUCAACAAUUUACAUCGAUUCAAUACCCGAAACACAUUUUUUGACACAUUGUUUUAAUUUAAGCCAUUUUCUUAGUCAAAGUCAAAACGAUUUGUUAGCAUUGCGGAGUUAUGAUGAAAAUCAAUUCGAACUAAUCAUGAAAGAUCAUUUAUUUAAAGAUAAAUUUUCUCGAUUGAAAUCUUUAACAUUAAAUAACAUCCAUGCCGACUCAAUAUACGAUGUCAUCUUUAAUGAAGAGAUGAAAUUAUACGACAUAUUAGAACGAUUGUUUCUAAGCGAAGUCAGCGAAAAAGACGAACAUGGUUCUGCUGUAAAUCGCUUAUGCAAUCGAUUGAUAUCGUCAAAAAUGAAAUCAUUAAAGUAUUUGAAUAUGAGUUUCAAACCUUACCGAUGUGGAUGUGAAAAUAACAUUCAGUCCGGUCGUGACAAGGUCGACUUGGAAUUUAAAAGAAAAGCAUCAAUAAGCCACUUGGAAACACUUAUUAUCGGAGGUUAA